AUUUUCUGGGUGCAGAGUUCACUGCCGAGGCGGCUGCGGCGUCUGGGGACCGCGGUGUCCAAGAGUCAGGCGCGGAACCCGAGAGCGGACCCCACGCGGGCGCCGGUUACACCUCCUCUCUCUCGCCGCGGUGGGCGAUCCCUGGGAUCUCCGUCUUCUGCCAGGGUCUGCGCGGCUCGCCCGCCCUCCUUCCCUCCCCGGCACGCGUCGGAGCUGAAGACUUGAGUCCGAAGUGCACCGGCCCGAGGUAGCAGAGACCCGGGAGGGAGGAUGGACCCCUCUAGGGGGUCCCGGCUCCACCGAUGACCCUGAAGCAUCGGCAGGCCGGCCUCCGGGACGAGGGUGACCUUGGGCUCUGGACCGGAUCACAGAAGAAAUUGGUUUCUCUGGGAGAUGAUGCCUGAACAGGAGGAGAGACAGAUCACAGCUCGAGAAGGGGCCAGUAGGAAAGUUCUAUCUAAACUUUCUUUGCCCGCUUGUGGCUGGGAACCAGCAAUGAAGCAGAGUUUCGCUUUUGACAAUGUUGGCUACGAAGGUAGUCUGGACAGUGUGUGCCCUUCACAGACAACCACCGGCACCAUCAGCAUUUUGGGCAUGACUUGCCAGUCAUGUGUAAAAUCUAUUGAGGGCAGGAUUUCCAGUUUGAAAGGCAUUGUGAGUGUUAAGGUUUCCCUGGAACAAAGCAGUGCAGCUGUGAAAUAUGUGCCAUCGGUUAUAAGCCUGCCACAGGUUUGCCGUCAAAUUGAGGACAUGGGCUUCGAGGCCAGCAUUGCAGAAGGAAAAGCUGGUUCCUGGCCUUUAAGGUCCUCGCAAGCCCUGGAGGCUGUGGUCAAGCUUCGGGUGGAGGGCAUGACCUGCCAGUCCUGUGUCAGCUCCAUAGAAGGCAAGAUUGGGAAGCUGCAAGGAGUAGUGAGAGUCAGAGUCUCACUCAGCAACCAAGAGGCAGUCAUCACUUAUCAGCCUUAUCUUAUUGAACCCCAAGACCUCAGAGACCAUGUCAACGACAUGGGUUUUGAAGCUGUCAUCAAGAACAAAGUGGCUCCUGUAAGCCUGGGACAAAUUGAUAUUGGGCAAUUACAGAGCACCAGCUCAAAGACACCUUCAGCUUCUAAUCAGAAUGUCAAUAACUCUCAGGCCUUGGGGCACCAAGGGCGCCAUGUGGUCACCCUGCAACUGAGAAUAGGUGGAAUGCAUUGUAAGUCUUGUGUCCAGAAUAUUGAAGGAAAUAUCAGCCAACUCCCAGGGGUUCAAAAUAUUCAGGUGUCCUUGGAGAACAGAACUGCCCAAAUACAGUACCACCCUUCUUACAUCUCCCCAGGGGCCCUGCAAAAGGCCAUUGAGGCUCUUCCACCAGGGAACUUUAAAGUUUCUCUUCCUGAUGGAGCAGAAGGAAGUGGGACAGAUAACAGAUCUUCUACACGUCACUCUCCUGCCCUCACCCAGAGAACCCAGGUGCAAGGCUCGUGCUGUACCAUGGUGCUUGCUAUUGCUGGCAUGACCUGUGCAUCCUGUGUCCAGUCCAUCGAAGGCCUGAUCUCCCAAAGGAAAGGCGUGCAGCAAGUAUCAGUCUCUCUGGCUGACGGGACUGGAACAAUUCUCUAUGAUCCCUCUGUAAUUAACCCAGAAGAACUCCGGGCUGCUGUAGAAGACAUGGGAUUUGAGGUUUCGGUCGUUUCUGGAAGCUGUUCUGGCAACCAUGUUGGAGAGCACAGUGUGGUGAAUUCCACAGUGCAAACUACAGUUGGCACACCUGUGUCUGCACAGAAAGUGGCUCACCACGCUGGGGGGCCACCUAAAAUCCACAGCCCUGACCUCUCAGUGAAGUCCCUGCAAGCCUCCGCAACAGUGGCCCCACAGAAGUGCUUUUUACAGAUCACAGGCAUGACCUGUGCAUCCUGUGUGUCUAACAUAGAGAGAAACCUGCAGAAAGAAGCUGGUAUUCUCUCUGUGCUGGUUGCUUUGAUGGCCGGAAAGGCAGAGAUUAAAUACAAUCCAGAAGUCAUCCAGCCACUCGAGAUAGCUCAGCUCAUCCACAACUUGGGCUUUGGGGCAACAGUAAUGGAAGACUACACAGGCUCAGAUGGCGACAUUGAGCUGAUCAUAACCGGGAUGACUUGUGCUUCCUGUGUUCACAACAUAGAGUCCAAACUCACGAGGACGAAUGGCAUCACCCACGCCUCCGUGGCGCUUGCAACCAGCAAAGCCCAUGUGAAGUUUGACCCUGAAAUUAUUGGUCCACGGGAUAUUGUCAAAAUUAUUGAGGAAAUCGGCUUUCAUGCUUCCCUGGCCCAGAGAAACCCCAACGCUCAUCACUUGGACUACAAGGUGGAAAUAAAGCAGUGGAAGAAGUCUUUCCUGUCCAGCCUCGUGUUUGGCAUCCCUGUUAUGGGCUUAAUGAUCUAUAUGUUGAUACCCAGCAAUAAACCCCACAAAUCUAUGGCCCUAGACCACAACAUCAUUCCAGGAUUGUCCAUUCUAAAUCUCAUCUUCUUUAUCUUGUGUACCUUUGUCCAGUUCCUUGGUGGGUGGUACUUCUAUGUUCAGGCCUACAAAGCUCUAAGACACAGGGCAGCCAACAUGGAUGUGCUCAUCGUGCUGGCCACGAGCAUCGCCUAUGUCUACUCCCUGGUCAUCCUGGUGGUGGCCAUUGCUGAGAAGGCCGAGAGGAGCCCCGUGACAUUCUUUGAUACCCCCCCCAUGCUCUUUGUGUUCAUUGCCCUGGGGCGGUGGCUGGAACACGUGGCAAAGAGCAAAACCUCAGAAGCCCUUGCCAAACUCAUGUCUCUCCAAGCCACAGAAGCCACCGUCGUGACCCUUGGUGAGGACAACUUAAUCAUCAGAGAGGAGCAAGUACCCAUGGAGCUGGUGCAGCGGGGUGAUGUCAUUAAGGUUGUUCCAGGGGGAAAGUUCCCAGUGGAUGGCAAAGUCCUAGAAGGCAAUACCAUGGCCGACGAGUCCCUCAUCACAGGAGAAGCCAUGCCAGUCACUAAGAAACCCGGGAGCAUAGUGAUUGCUGGGUCUAUAAACGCACAUGGCUCUGUGCUCGUUAAUGCUACCCAUGUGGGCAAUGACACCACUUUGGCUCAGAUUGUGAAAUUGGUGGAAGAGGCUCAGAUGUCAAAGGCACCCAUUCAGCAACUGGCUGACAAGUUUAGUGGAUACUUUGUCCCAUUUAUCAUCAUCAUUUCAACUUUGACGUUGGUGGUAUGGAUUAUAAUCGGUUUUAUCGAUUUUGGUGUUGUGCAGAAAUACUUUCCUACCCCCAACAAGCAUAUCUCCCAGGCAGAGGUGACCAUCCGGUUUGCAUUCCAGACGUCCAUCACAGUGCUGUGCAUUGCCUGCCCCUGCUCUCUAGGCUUGGCCACACCCACGGCGGUCAUGGUGGGCACCGGCGUGGCUGCCCGGAACGGCAUCCUCAUCAAGGGGGGCAAACCUCUGGAGAUGGCCCACAAGAUAAAGACUGUGAUGUUUGACAAAACUGGCACCAUUACCCAUGGGGUCCCCAAAGUCAUGCGGUUCCUCUUGCUCAUGGAUGUGGCUACACUGCCCCUCAGGAAGGUUCUUGCUGUGGUGGGGACUGCGGAGGCCAGCAGCGAGCACCCCUUGGGUGUGGCUGUCACCAAAUACUGUAAAGAGGAACUUGGAACAGAGGCCUUGGGAUACUGCAUGGACUUCCAGGCCGUGCCAGGCUGUGGAAUUGGCUGUAAAGUCACCAGCGUGGAAGGCAUCCUGGCCCAUAGUGGGCACCUGAACGAACAGGCCACUCACCUGAAUGGGGUUGGCAGUGUCCCCUCAGAAAUAGAUGUAGCUCCCCAGACCUUCUCUGUGCUGAUUGGGAACCGAGAAUGGAUGAGGCGCAAUGGCUUAGCCAUUUCCAGCGACAUCAGUGACGCUAUGACAGACCAUGAGAUGAAGGGCCAGACAGCCAUCUUGGUGGCUAUUGACGGGCUGCUCUGUGGGAUGAUCGCCAUCGCAGAUGCCGUCAAGCAGGAGGCCGCCCUGGCCGUGCACACACUGAAAAGCAUGGGCGUGGACGUGGUUCUGAUCACGGGCGACAAUCGCAAGACAGCCAGAGCCAUCGCCACCCAGGUUGGAAUCAACAAAGUCUUUGCAGAGGUGCUGCCUUCUCACAAGGUGGCCAAGGUCCAGGAGCUCCAGAAAGAAGGGAAGAAAGUCGCCAUGGUGGGAGAUGGGAUUAACGACUCCCCAGCCUUGACCCAGGCUGAUAUAGGCAUCGCCAUUGGGACAGGCACAGAUGUCGCCAUUGAGGCAGCUGACGUUGUUCUUAUCAGAAAUGACUUGCUUGAUGUGGUCGCUGGCAUUCACCUCUCCAAGAGGACUGUCUGGAGAAUACGACUCAACCUGGUGCUGGCGUUGAUCUACAACCUGGUUGGGAUACCCAUCGCAGCAGGUGUCUUCAUGCCCUUGGGCAUUGUGCUGCAGCCAUGGAUGGGCUCAGCGGCCAUGGCAGCCUCCUCUGUGUCUGUGGUUCUUUCGUCGCUGCAGCUUAAGUGCUAUAAGAAGCCCGACCUGGAAAGUUACGAGGCCCAGGCCCAGGGCCACAUGAAGCCUCUGACCGAGUCCCAGGUCAGCGUGCACAUCGGCAUGGAUGACCGGCGGUGGGACCCCCCCAGGGCCACUCCCUGGGACCAGGUCAGCUACAUCAGCCAGGUGUCUCUGUCCUCCCUGAAGUCCGACAAACUGUCUUGGCAGAGCGCCACAGCUGACGACAGUGGGGACAAGUGGUCUCUGCUCCUGAAUGACAGAGACGAGGAGCAGUGCAUCUGAAAGCUCCAGGCUGGUGCAGACCCAUGGGCCCAUCUCCUAGCUGAUCAGCAGCUCUAGACCCCCAUGUGCAGCACCGACAGCCAGCUGCAGGGUGGAUGAAGCCUUGGGCACUCCCACUCCCUGGACAUUCUAGAUCAUUCCUCCCUGCAGCACGUGGCAUUGUCCAGAUGUGACUCCUGGGUAGGACCACUCUGCCUGGAUCCCACAGGCAUAGGGUGAGGCCUUAUCCAUGCUAUUGGUGUGGGCUUGUUGGAAACCUUGCUAGACUCUAGGUAGAGAGGACAGCCAGCCCUCCUACAGACCUCUGCUUUAUUUAGUAUUUGGGAUGGCUGCUUGUGAAAUAAAAAUCUCACCAGGACCAAAAACUUAGCUGAGCCUAUCCACAGAACUCAUGAAAAAGCUAGAACCUCAGUGUCAUCCACCUUUUUACGUCGCCCAUGAGCAUCAUUUAUCUAAGACCACAGUUUACCUCAAGUGCACUCUUUAGUUUCUGCUAAUACAAUCUCUUCCUUUUCUGUCCUUGACACUGUCAUCCUCAUGGUCCCUGCUCCUGCUCUCAGACAUUUCUCUAAGUGCAGGCGCCGUGUGUGCUGCUGCGUGAGUCAGCUCACUCACACGCCUGGCCAGAGUGUUUGCCAGGCUUCUCUUCAGGUUUGGGAGAGUUCAUUCUUCCUUAUGAGCCACUUCUCCGUGGAGUCUUGGCUUCACUCCAUACACCUUUGUUGCCCAGCUGGAGUGAAGGUCUGAGAGCCUGAGACUUGAGAAGUUCAACUUCCUUUGGCAUCCAGGUGCUUAGGCCCUGGGGAGGCCUGUGGUACUUGAAGCAGGUGUCCUGUGGAGGGAGGUUUGUGCCUGCAGGAACCUCCCUUGUGGCUUCAGGAGCUUCAGUUACAUGGCCUGCUGUGACUGUCAGUUCAUGGUGUCCAAUGUAGAAUUCAUGUCAGUGGUGCCCCUGGUGUUGUGCAACUCCAAGGAAACAAUGAUUCCCAAACUGGAGAACAUCACAGCUCUUCUCCAUGAGCUUCUACUGCACGCUGAGUUGGUGGUGCUUUAGGAAAGAGGUGGCCACAACUUCCCAAAGGAAAAGCCCUUUGUAACUUUCAGUGGCCCUUUGUGAUUGCAUGACACUGGAGUGGCAGGAAUGUGGCUAGUUUUAGACUUUGGAGUUGCUGUUGAUUGACAGACCACAUGGGAAUAGACUAGUAGAAUCAUAAUCUUAGAAUAGGCAGAGCAAAGCCUAUUCUAAAUUCUAAGGUGAAUCCCUUGUCACACACACAAAAUAAUUUUAUUCAUUGAGCAUCAGUUAUUUUCCAAAGCAAUGUAAGCACUUUUUAUAAGUUAACCUCUAAUCCUCCCAACAAACCAACGAAGAUAUUAUUGUCUACCUUUCACAGGCAGGGAAACAGGCUCAAAGAGACUAAGUGACCUGCCCAGGAUCACACAGCCAGUCUACGUGCUAGAACAGUAGUCUGAAUCCAUGUCUGCUGGCUCUGAAGUCCUUUCUUUAUCUCUACUUCAUCUUGAAUAUUUUGCUUGAUAAGAAUGCUCAGUGGUUAAAGCGUCGGCUUGUGGGCCAAAGGGUCACAGGUUCAAUUCCGGUCAGGGCAUGUACCUGAGUUGCAAGUUCGUUUCCCAGCCCUGGUGGAAGCAUGUGCAGGAGGCAACCAAUAGAUGUCUCACAUCAGUGUUUUUCUCUCUCUUCCCUUCUCCCUCUCCCCUCCUUCUUUCCCUUUCACCUUCUCUGAAAUGCAAUAGAAAAAGUAUGCUCGGGUGAGGAUUAAGGAAAAAAAAAAAACUUAAAAAAAGAAGAGAAAAAGAAUAAACAAGAAAAGGCCCUUGCUCCUGAAAGAAUAAAUCUGCCAGGUGAUGUAUUCAUUAUAUCAUCUUGUAAUGAAAUUUGAUCACAAGGCCAUCUCACCUUCCCUUGGAUAGUUCAUUUUUAUUUUUGCAUAUAAUUUAGUUUUUUCUGGAUCUUAUCCUCUGAAAUCCAAGUGCAGGGUUUUGUUGUGUGUUUAUUAUUUUCAAUCUUCCUUUUCCUCCCAGCCCCUUCCUGCCAUGUGUCCCCAGUUGUCUUUAUUCUUGGCUGUGUUUGGUGAAUGUUUCUUGUUUUCUAACUAGGCUAAUCAUUUUCUAAAAACUCUAAUUGUAUUGAUUUCCUAAAAAGCUUUUAGGGCCAUAAACAUGUUUAUAUACAAAACAUGUUUAUAUACAUGUUAAUUACACAAAAAUAUUUAUGUAAUUGUACAGAAAACCUUUUAGAUAUUCAAAGUGUCAGAAUUUUUUUUGUCAGAUAAGAACAAUUCCUACUUCAAAAACGUUCCAUGCUAUGUUAGAAUAAAGUUUCUUUUUGUUCAUCAAA